AUGGUUUCUGUUGGCAAAAUCAUGUAUAGGUUAGCCCAGAACUGCAGUUACAUUUUGCAAGGUCCAAACGGGACAGUGCAGAGUCCUGGCUUCCCAUAUGGUUAUCCAAAUUAUGCCAAUUGUACAUGGACAAUCACCGCCGAGGAGCAGAACAGGGUGCAGCUUGUAUUCCAGUCCUUCGCUUUAGAGGAAGAUUUCGAUGUUUUAUCUGUCUACGAUGGAUUGCCGCUGCAGGGAAAUUUAAGAACGAGGUUAACCGGUUUCCAGUUGCCUCCUCCCAUCGUGAGUACUGGGAUGGUGCUGUCCUUGUGGCUUGUGAGCGAUUAUGCGGUCAGUGCUCAAGGUUUCCAGGCAAACUACGAAGUUCUACCAAGUCACACAUGUGGAAACCCAGGAAGGCUCCGGAAUGGAAUCCAGCAAGGGACGAUGUUCAGCGUGGGCGACAAAGUACGUUACAGCUGCAACCCUGGCUUCUUUCUGGAGGGCCACGCACUACUCACUUGCCAUGCAAGUUUGGAAAACACUGCCUCCUGGGACUUCCCUCUGCCCUCCUGUCGAGCUGACGAUGCAUGUGGUGGGACCCUUCGGGGGCAGAGUGGAAUUAUUUCAACUCCCCAUUACCCUUCAGAGUAUAACAACAAUGCCGAUUGCACAUGGACCAUUCUAGCGGAGCCUGGGGACACCAUCGCAUUGGUGUUUACGGAUUUUCAGCUGGAAGAUGGAUAUGAUUUUUUAGAAGUUACAGGAACGGAGGGGUCAUCACUAUGGUAA